AUGACCCAAUCAAACGUCUCCCUCUACGUCGACGAAAACACCAACCUUCUCGUCCGCCACGGCCCCAUCCCCGAACCAUCCGAUGGUGAAAUCCUCAUCCAAACCAGCUACUCGGGCAUAAACCCCGCAGACGUGAAACAUGCAACUCAACUCGGAAUCUAUCCCGCCGUAAUGGGCUACGACUUUUGUGGGAAGGUCAUAAAAACUACCCCAUCAUCCCAAUUCACCAUAGGGGAUUGUAUCGCAGGAUAUACACCAACUGGCCUGGGCCGUCCGGAAAAGUACGGAACGCAUCAAUCGUAUCUUGUCUGUCGGGAGGAUAUGGUAUUCCGGGUUCCUGGGCAUCUGCCAGAACACCAUGCUGCUUGUUUGGCGGUGGUGGCGAUGACUGCUGCGGAUGGGCUGUAUAAUCUGGUCAGGCUGCCUCUGCCGACGGAGGGGAAAGCGAACUCGGGAUUGUUGAUUUGGGGUGCGUCAAGCAGUGUCGGUGUUUGUGCUGUUCAAUUCGCGUCUGCUAGUGGUGUGUUUCCUAUUAUUGUCACGGCGUCUCCGGGGCGUCAUGAUAUGCUUAAAAGGCUCGGUGCUACGCACUGCUUUGACUAUAAGUCUCCUUCUAUCGUCUCGGAUAUACAAACUGUGACUGGAAAUGGACCAAUCGCACAUGCAUUCGACACAGUCGGAGGUCCAGGGUCAGCUGAAUCAAUGGCAGACUGCGUAUCAGAUACUACAUCUCUCCUGUCAGUGGUUGUGCAGCGUGACCCGAGAUUCAAAAUGCCUCUUGCAACAACGCAGGACGGUGUGAGUCUUCGUAUCCAGGGUGUGCCUCAUCCAAUUACAAUUCCCGCGCGGCCGGAUGAUGCGAAAAGGGCAUGGAAGGCGUUUCAAUGGGCGGUUGGCCAUUAUGGACAGCAGUUCGAGUUGCCGGUUGUUGAGUUGUUUGAGGGGAGGGCAGAAGAUGCGUUGAGGGAGUUGGAGGCUUCUGCUGAGGGGAGGGGAUUUGGGAAGUUGGUUUUGAGGCAUCCCUUGAAGUGA